UGUCUGCAGGGAGCAGGAGCAGCCUGACGUCCUGUUAGUGUGAAUGACUGGGAAAAAAAGAAAAACAGUCUGACAACAGCUCAGCAGGCGAAGACGAUUGCGGAAAACAGAGGAGCUUUUUUCUUGUUGUAGCUUCUUCCUUCCUUCCUUCCUUCCUUCCUCCACCUUUAUGACUGCUUGAAGACAAAAGAGACUCAGUUAUGGAGAGCUCCAUUGAGGUGUCCCAGACUGGUGGCACCUCUAACCCAAAGCCAGCUCUGGCCCCCAAACCUCGGCUCACUCCCAAGCCCUUCUCUCUGCAGAAGAACACCACCAUUCGCUCCAUCCAUGCCCCAAGGACGGCCGGUGCAACCGCUAAGACAAAAACACAGCAGACUGAGAAAUCGAAGGCUACAAGUGUCCCCAAACCGACUGUGACCACCCCCGCCCAGAAACCCCUUCAACAAACCACCACCUCAGAUUCCAAACCCAGCCCUGUAAGUGUGCUCACCAAAGAUCUGCCAGAAACAACCAAGGAAAGCAAAGAAAGUCCACAUGGAGAGGAUACCCUUGAUUCUGGCGUAGGAAAAUCUGAUCCAGUCACACAAACCGCUCCACCCAAAGAGACACCCAAGUCCGAGCCAGUCGAGAGAGAUGAUGUCAUCCAAGCGAACCACAAAGCACCCACCAAAGUUGUAAACUCGGCGCAGAUAGACGGAAAAAAGGAAGAACACGAGACUCAGACUUCUGUCAACCAAAAUGUUAAAGAAUCAGGAAUUGACGUUUCUUCUACAGACAAUCUAGUAAAUCGACGGGGCAGCAGCAGGAAGCGUCUGUCCAUGGAGCUCACCUCGAAGUUUGAGUCAGCUGGCCUGUCUCUGCCCCCAAAGCCAACCGUGACCAUCUCUACAACCAGCACCAAAGACGAUGUAAACAAACCAGAGCCUUGUGAUCCAGAGCCGAGCCUCACAACAUCAGAGCCGACAAACAGAGAGAGUGAUGAAGGUGCACUGCAGGAGGAUUACACCGGAGGAGGCAGUAUAAAACGCAGAAUCAGCCUCCUGUUUGACUCGUCAUCGAGACCAGAGGCCAUGACGAAGAGAGACGAGCCAGAAAUCAUAAAUGAUACGGGAAGUGUGAAGGGUGUAAAGGAGAGAAUCAAAAAGUGGGCCAAGGAAACGACCCCCGAGGGUCCGAAGACUGAGAAGCAGCCUCCGGUUGCACCCCGAAAUCGCUCUAAGAGCUUUGAGCCAGCAACUGCUCCAAUAGCAGAGAAAACACCCCAAAUACCUCCUGUUGAACCUCCUGUAUCGGGGACCUCGUCCAGUCAGGCAGUGGAUCUUCCUUCAAAGUCAUCCCCUGCUGAACAACCCACAGAGACCCCAAUGGAGACAUCUGAAGACGCUCCCCCUGAAGAAAAGUCAUCGGAAAGCUCAGGAAUAGAGCAUAUGCAAAACAAAUCAACAGAGGGUGAGGUCAAACUACGCAAUCGCAGCUCAUUUAAAACCCACAAUGCCACCGAUGAGGGAGACUCAUCUGGGAGUGAAAGUGCUGAAAAUGCUCUGAAGAGGGGCAAUGUCAAACGCCGCUCCGUUCGCUUUGGUGUCGUGGAGAGAGACGAUGGUGGGCCGCCCUUGGUCCUGGGCUCACCGACCGAUUCCAGCGAAGAAGAGGCUUCUGAGGAUGAAGCUGAGGAGGAGAUCCCCGUUUCAGUGCCUGUCUACACGAGUCUUCAGAAGAAGAAGGAUGAUGAGAAGCAAGAAGAGGAACGACUGAAACAUUUAGAAUUUGAAAGAAGACGGAGAGAAGAGGAGCACGAACAGGCACGACUCAAGUUUGAGGAGGAGCGGAAACAAAAAGAAGAAGAAGAAAGGGAGAAAGAAAGGGCGAGGCAGAAGGAAGAGGAGGAGAGGGAGAGGGAGAGGCUGAAGGAGGAGGAAAUGGAGAGACAGAAGAAGGAGGAAAGGGAGCGAGAAAGGUUGCAAGAAGAAGAAGAAAGGGAGAAAGAAAGGGCGAGGCAGAAGGAAGAGAGGGAGAGGCUGAAGGAGGAGGAAAUGGAGAGACAGAAGAAAGAGGAAAGGGAGCGAGAAAGGUUGCAAGAAGAAGAAGAAAGGGAGAAAGAAAGGGUGAGGCAGAAGGAAGAGGAGGAGAGGGAGAGGCUGAAGGAGGAGGAAAUGGAGAGACAGAAGAAGGAGGAAAGGGAGCGAGUAAGGUUGCAAGAAGAGGAGAGGAAACGGGAAAGGCUGAGAGAAGAAGAGAUGGAGAGGGAAAAACAGAUGCAGUUGAUGUGGCAGAGACAGAGAGAAGAGGAAAGAGAGAGGGCAAAGCAGAAAGAGGGGAGACUUAAACAAGAACAGGAGGAGAGGGAACAAGAGAGAUUGAAGGAGGAGGAGAGGAAAGAGGAGAGACUGAGGGAGGAAAGAGAAAAACAGAAGCUGAGAGAUAUAAAUGAAGAGAAACAAAGAGAGGAGGAGUGGGAAAAAGAGUGGGUGAACAAGGCGGAGAGACUGAGAGGAGAAGAAGAGAACGGAAGAGAGAACGAGUUGGAAUCGAUGUGGCAGAGACAGAAAGAGGAGGACAUGGAGAAGGCGAGACAGAAAGAGGAGAGACUGAGAGAGGAGGAGGAAAGACAGAGGCUGAGAGAGGAGGAGGAAAGACAGAGGCUGAGAGAGGAAAGAUUGAUUGACAACCAUGACCAUCACAGAUUUGAGGGCAAGCUGAGAGAGAAGGAAAUUAACAAAAAGAAACAAAGAGAGGAGGAGUGGGAAAAAGAGUGGGUGAAAAAGACAGAGAGUUUAAGAGAAGAAGAGGAGGAGAGAGAGGAAGAGUUGGAGUUGAUGUGGCAGAGAAAGACAGAGGAGGACAGGGAGAGGGCGAGACAGAAAGAGGAGAGACUCAGACAAGAGGAGAGGGAGGAAGAAAGAUUAAGAGAGGAGGCGAAGGAGAGAGAAAGGGAGAGGGAAAGGAGGCUGAAAGAACAGCAAGAAAAAGAAGAAGAGAUGGAGCGAAUGAGGCGAAUAGAGAGUGAGAGACAGAGAGAGGAGGAAAGAAGGGAAGAGGAAAGGAAGAGGCAGGCAGAGAAAGAAAGAAUGGAAGAGUUGGAGAGAAAAAUGCGACUGGAAUUGGAUAGAAAGCGGGAGCAAGAACUGGAAGAGAAGUUUAGACUGGAGGAAGAGAGAAAAAGGGAGGAAAAAGAGAGUGCAGUGGACGAAGCAGGGUCAAAUUUAAUCAGCUUUGACUCUGAAGAUGAGCCUCAGAAGUCAGAAUUGCCAAAUUCCCCCGUAGCAAAGCCCACAGAGAGUCUGGUUGAUGUUGUUUAUGAUGACUUCUCCGUCAAACCGCCUCAGACGAAAGUGGACUUUGACGAUUUUUCAGUCAAACCGAAGCGAUGGGGCUCGCAGGCUAAAGCAGAAACUCGUCCGCUCAUCCAGAGUUGGUCAGCUGUCUCUGCGGAUAAAGAGGAAGUUCAGGCGCCACUGGAUGUCACUCCUCAGGUGGAAAAACCGUACAGCCCAGAGCCUACAUUUACCUGGGAAAGUCCAGAGAAAGAGGAGGAGAAGGAGGAAGAGGAACAGCUCAUCUCCAUGGAGGUGGAGGAGGAGGAGGAAGUGGAACGGGAGACGCAGAGGGAGGAAGAGGAGGACACAAACGAGGAUGAAGUGGAAGAGGAGGACGAGCAGGAGGCACCAGUUGACAGGUGUAGCACAAACGACGAGGACACUGAUGCUUUGAUAGACAAUGAGCCAGAGGAGCAGAAUGGGGUUUCUGAACAGACAUCUGAAAUUGACAGUCCAAAGCUCGUCCCUGACCAGGUUCCUGAAGUCUCUGAAGACGUUGAUACCACUGAGUUUUACAGUGAGCCUGAGCCCGCUCCAUUCCCUGAGAGCUCCACUCCUCUCCUCGACACCAGCGCACAGAGAUCGAAGGCAGAUGUGGGAAAGAGGAGAAGUCGAACGCAUCCGACGCGCUCGCUACAUGGAGGUUUUUCUAUGAAGGAUAGCCCAGACUGGAGGAUCUGUGACUCCACAGAUGAAAAAGAGGCAUCUACUAAGCAAAGGGAUUCGGACUCUGAGGAUGAGCAGCCUAAACCGAAGAUGAUCUGUUCUCCUCCUCCCAUCUCUCAGAGAGUCCCCAUGUUCACGGGUUUGAGCCCUGCAGCCUUAAUAGCUCAGCUUAAGAAGAGAACAAGUGGAGUAGGAACCGGAGGAGGAGACGACGCAGAAGAAGUAAAGGGAAGAGAAGAGAAGGAAAGACAAAAAGAGGAAGAAGCACCGUCUCCCUCACAACCCUCCCGCUCUCCCCGCUCUGCCGCUCAUCUUGCAGGGGCUGCACGAGUGCUGCCACCGUUAGGCGGAACGGGCGGAGAGCCCGUCUCCUCUCCCGCUUGGCUGAAAGAACUGAAGUCUAAGAAGCGGCUCAGUCAGUACGACGCUGAUACUUAGCCAGACGCAGGAGACAUUGUGCCAUUGCUGUUCAGCAGAAUCAAUCCAUCUCAGCUGCUGCUGCUGCUGACAGACGCCUCGCCAUGAUUGCUCCAUUUUCAUCUUUGAGUGCCUUAAUUUGGACCUUAACUGAGAUAUGCAGGAAGAGAGUUCUGAACGUAGAGGCCAUCAAGAACUUUUCUGUCUUGUAAAUUAAAUAUGGUGCCAAGGUUUUGUGCCAAGACUGUGAUGUGUUAAUGCCAAGAACAUGUUUUAUCUACUGCUGUACAGAGGCUCAACGGAGGGGGAGGACACCAACGUAAUUUAGAGCAAAGCCAUGGACUGUCUUAUUGUUUGAUUGUGUUAGUCGUUCAUAUGCUGACAGGGACUGAUGACACUAGGCCUUCAGCAGGAUAUCUACCUUCCCGCAUACACACAUAUGUACAUAAAUUACUGACUAUAAAUAAUGGAUUGCACAACAGUGUGUAUUUUAGUUUAAAUUGUACAAAAUGCCUUUUACAUCAUCUUCCCAAUCGCAAAUUGUCUCAAGUAAACUUUUAAGCACUUUAAAAAAUAUGUAACGAAUUACCGUCCAUACAGUAGAGCUAAGCAAUAGGGUAAUCAAUCCUAUCUGUAGUAACAUGUUCAAGGGAAUAUAUCUAUUUGUUACACCAUGAAUGUCGGUCUUCUCUUUCCAGGUCCCCAGAACUUACAGAUGCACUAACCCUUGUUUUUAUUAAAACAAGCAAUAGCUGGUCAAAAAAAUCAACAGAAUCAGGAAGUGUGUUGUGUGAAAUCUUAAACCCAGAAAUCUGCUCUAGAUGUUUUUAUGUGCCUUUUUAAUGUUAAAGAGUGACUGUCAUCAAUGCUAUAAUCAUUUAAGAUCAACAUACUGUAUUAUAAGAGGAAAUUGAGGGAAUUUUAUUAAAACUUUUCUAUGA